CACGCUUUUAUUUUUAUUUCUUAGCACACUAGUCGUAUCUCAUCUCAUACUACCGGUGGACACAAUUUUUAAUUUGGUCCCUACAGCCUAAUCGCUAUAAUCCCAUUCUAUUAUCCACACCCACCUUCCCUCCGGCGGAUAUGCAUUUUUUGAAGAUUGCCCUCCUCCUUCCAUUAGCAAUCGUGGCGGCCCAAACAACGACAGACGAGCAAACGGCCGAUGAAGGCGGUGCCUGUGUUGUUAGUGUCUCCCACGGUGAAGAUAUUACCUACUGUGGGGUGAAAACAUUCAAUGAUCACCAAUGCGCCGACCUCCAAUCACAGCUUCAUGACGAGCCGCAACGAUUUCCCAUCUAUAGCUGCCAGCUUGGUGCUGUCACUGAAAAGUCCGAAGAGGAAAUAGAGGACAUCUGCAACAGCAAUAAUGGAACGAUUGUACCCAGCGAGGAUAGGGCCGAAUAUGUGAAGACAGGCGAAUGUGGCUCUCCUUACGCGUGAUCUGUAACACCCAGAACGCUCUGUUGUCCACGAGAGCGAGAAACUGAGAGAAUAUGAACGGGGUUGGGCCGAUUUGCUGGAUCUGACCGGUUGAUAACCUGGGUUUCGCCGUCUGUUGCAAAUGUUAGAAUAAACCAGCUAGAUAAGAAUUUUAUUUUUCGAGAAAUGCGUGGCCUGAGUAAUAAAAUAAUGCACCGUAGCUACCUUUGCUACCUUUUGAUCUGGUAUUGCAGAAAUGAAUCGAAUGCCUUGAGUAUGAGAUUGAGCACCGACGUUGCUGUGAAAUUUGGACUAAUGACGGAACGGCCCGAGAAGGAGAAUGCGUGGCCUGAACGUUCGUCGUAUGUAUUGAAUCUUGAGGUUCCUUCUUCCUACGCAUUCCUUGCGGGACGCGCAU